AUGGAAGGCGAAAGCGGUCACUACUGUACGGAGAUGAAGGACACAGAUUCAAUUAUUCAGGACCCUGGACAGAGUAAAAAGCCAGCGCCGGAACAGGCCAGUCAGCUGCAGCGCCAUGAAAUCAAACCAGCUAGUCUCAAAGAUGGUAUUCUUGAGGAUACUGAACUUUUGGCUGACCUGCGCUCGCUGUCUUUGAAUGAGGAUAGUGAUGCAACUGCAGAUGGUUGGGGGACAUGGAGGAGAUCAAAGUUUUUCAUUCUCCAGUAUGGACCGCGCCAUAAUGCCAUGUUCAAGGCAAAAUAUACAAAUGGAUACAACACUGAAGGAAUGCUGAGCAUAUCGGAUCCCGACUCGCGCAUCACUCAGCUGAAAUCUAAAGAUGACCAGGGGACAAAACAAUGGAGAUACUCACGAGAAAACGUGGUUGGCAUCUGUGGAGUUGCAUUCGAAGAGAGAAAAUAUCUGAACAAACAAUACAAAACACGCCCUGCUGUCUGGAUAAAGAUCAAAUGGAAAAAAAUCAAGUCUGACGAUAAAAUGUUCCUCAAAGGAGGCUGCUCUUGGAUUCCUAAAGGUGAUUUUAUUCGCUUAUGUGGAAAAAAAGAUGAUGCUGAAAACAAACUCAGAGAGGCUUGGUCUAAACAGACACAACGGUUUACAGACUGGCAGAGUAAAAGAACCGAUAAAUCAAGAGAAAGAACCGACUUUUCCCCCACACCCUGUCCAAUGGAUGCUGUUCCAACUCUCUCGACUCAAAGACGUGGCUAUGUCCCAACCAAGCUCUCUGGAGAGCUCAAGCAAGAAUCCGAAGACGAAUCCGAAAACUUUGUUUCGACCAUCCCUGCAACUGAUACUUCAACAAUUGCGAAAAGCCAAUCACCCCGGGCAGGAAUUCAGACUGAAAAAGACGAAUCAAUCAUAUCACUUAGUCGGAAGGAUUACAUGGCCGCUAUUGCUCGAAAAGAGAAUUGGGAUGACAUGAGCGCUGCAGAAAGGAAAUUGAGGCAGGAUAUUGCUGAGGCUGAUCACGCUUCCCACCAGAAGAAGAUACAAGCUGCAGAAGAUUAUAGAAAUGCCUUGCAAGAUGCUGAACCUGAGUAG